GCUCCACUCCAUUUCUCUCUUUCCUUUCGAUCCGCCGCCCCUCCCUCCCUUCCACCUUCCCACGCGGCGGCGCUCGCCCGGCCGGCCGCGCGCCUCCUCCCGGUAGCGGCGCCCGCCCCCUUCUCCUCCUGCGCGCAGGGCGUACCCCCUCGCGACGGCGGCGUCCACCCGCUCCUCCCCCGUGCAGGCCACACCCCUUCCCGGCGGCGGCGCUCGCCUACUCCUCCUCCCUGCGCCGGCGCCCGCGCGCCCGCCCCCUGCCGGAGGUAGACAACUCCAUCGCUAGACUCGGAGCAGAGCUAGCACCAAAUCCUCCAUCGCCAGCCAGGCCACCUUCGCAGCCCCAACCAGUUCGUGCCACCGCCACAAGUUAAUUGCCUAGGCAAUGGUUGAUUUGCCUGCUCUGCUCUAUUUGGGAAUAAUCAGAUAGGAACCAGGAGAGAGAGGCUUGGCUACAAAGUUCCCUUUCUGCUGACCACUGCUUGUGGUUGAGGGAAAGAUGCUGAGGAAUAUUUUGAGCCAGUCAUGGAGGAAUGGAGCACAUGUGCUGCAGGAAGGAAAUCCAGCACCAGCACUAUAUACAUGCUGGAGGCAAUUUCACAGUGGACAGAUGUUAAGCUCUUCCAGGAGCUUCUUUGGCGUGGAGGACUUUGUGGAUGAAGACAACAGUAGACCCUACACAUACAAGAAGGAAAAGAGAUCGAAGAACCCACACAAGCACAUUUCUUUCAAGCAGCGCACCAUCGCCUACAUGGAGCCCUUCACGCUCGACGUCUUCAUCUCCAAGCGCUUCGUCUCGGCGUCCCUCACACACCGCUCGACAUGCAGACAGGUCGCGGUCGCCGGGACGAAUUCAAAGGACAUCAAGGCGGCGCUCAAGUCGAGGUCCGACAUACCGGCCUGCCUGGCCGUGGGCCGUUUCCUGGCAGAGAGGGCGAAGGAGGCCGACGCCUACACCUGCACCUACACGCCGAGGGAGCGGGAGAAGUUCGAGGGGAAGAUCAGGGCCGUUGUCCAAUCGCUGAUCGAUAAUGGGAUCAAUGUGAAGCUCUACCUUGAUUGAGCUUUUGUUGUCUCUUCUGGUACUCGCAAAAUGAGCAGCCUGUCGCGUCGUGUUGUGCUGUCGCGACCCUGUUGUGAUACGCCACUCUGUUCUGGUGCCGAUGCGUUGAGUUGUUAACAUGAUGCUGUUGCGUUGUCCUUGGCUGGAAGAUGAGGUAAUUUGUUUGUGUGAUCAUGGGGACGCCUUUUAGAAGGAUUCAAGUCAGCAUGUUGGUGCCAUAG